UGUAAACAGUUAAAUGUUUGCCUUUAUGUUAAUCGCUUUCUUGGUGGUACAGUUGUUUGAACAUUAGCUACUUGAAAUGAAGAACAUUCAACUCGUAAUCAGCUCCUUUCUUUGCGUAUUCAUUAAUAUAAGCUUUGAAAAUAAGGUGCAAGCUAAAAAUAAUGAAAUAAUACCCUUAAAUUCAUUUUUUGGAAGUUGGGAAAGACGGCAUAUUCAAGAAUUACGGGAUACGCAAGUGCAUCAAAGGGACCCUACUGAGAGCAUAGAACAAGAAAAGACAGAAUUCGAAGAAUUUCGAAAAAGACGACAAAAGAAAAACAAGAAGGUGUCAAAGAAUAAAAAGGCUUUAUCUUCUAAAAACACCAUCAAAUUAACGCAGAAGAAGAAUCAAAGAAAGAAGAGAAGGAAGGACAAAAGUAACAGGAGGUUUGUUAAGACUACGCUCAACGAUGUCCUGACGGACUCAAAGAUGUCAAAUUCGAAGGAAAGCGACGGGAAAGGAAAACCAGUUGAUAUUAUCGUACACAUUAAAAUGAAUGAUUAAACAUGCAUUAUC